ACUACUCAUCCCCUCCAUCUAAACACUAUUUUGUGCCAUCUAUUCCUUCACCUGUAGAGAUGUCCGGAGUAUGGGUUUUCAAGAACGGUGUGGUUCGCCUUGUCGAAAAUCCGGCAACGGAACCCUUGGACGGCAGUAGUCGGCAGGCAUUAAACAGUCGUCGGAAAGUUUUGGUUCACAUAGACAGUAAUGAGGUUAUCACUUCCUAUGCUAUACUUGAAAGGAAACUGUUGGGGUUAGGGUGGGAAAGGUAUUAUGAUGACCCAGACCUUCUUCAGUUUCACAAGAGAGCAACAGUUCAUCUCAUCUCUCUCCCUAAGGACUUCAGCAGGUUCAAGUCCAUGCACAUGUACGACAUAGUUGUCAAGAAUCGUAACUGUUUUGAAGUUAGGGAUAUGUAG